AUGAACAACUUCAACACCACCUGGGACUUCCAUGGACUUCCUCCUUCCCCUCCCCCUCCCCCUCCCCCUCCUCACCCCUUUAACACCCUCCCUGCCGAACUCCAGGAUGCAAUCUACGAGGUUGCCACAGACCCUAACCAACCGCAGAUUCGCUUCGUGAAUUUCAGAGAACACCGCACUCACCAGCCAGAUUGUCCUCCAUUCAGCAUCACCUGCCCCUGCCAAAACGCCCGCUACCUCACUUUCCAUCCCCUUCGACGUCAGGACGUCGCCAACAAAGCAAGCUGGCGUCAUAUUAUCCAUGCAAUUGAGUCUUCCGCCCCAGAUGUGCACGUUGCAAGUAUUAAUCACCAAAGCCGUGACGCAACGGACCGCCUCAUCGCAUCGAACCGUUUCCCUCAGCAGCAGGGCAACUGGUCCUUGACCACUGCGCCAGCCAUGACCUCAGCCGAACGCGCAGCAUGCCGACACACCCCGAAGACCUUCAUCGGCGACCCAACUCGGUGCAGAACCCAGGACCUCGUCCUCGUCCACUUCCCCGAUGAUCAAUCAGUAACCUUCCCGCGUCAGUGGGUCGGUAAGCCAUUGUUCUUUGACCCGUUGUGCGGUGAUCUUGAGGCCAUCGCCGUGACCAUGGACAAUUGGCUGGACCAGUCCUACUCGCGCUAUCUUGGGUGGUGGCUCGAAAAGAUGACAGACGGGCAAGCGAGGCCAUGGGAACUCCUUGAGCGGUACGGUGCCGACAACGUCGCCAACGGGAACUUCCCUGCCGACUGGGUAAAAACUCCCCAGGCCCAAGGCUAUGUCCCAUGGUACCCCGAGAACCCCCAGCGCAAGCUUAAUUAUGCCAACAACGGCGGCACUUCGAAUAUGCGCAUCGUGCACGACAUCUUCACCGGCCUCAAGGAGUUGUGGUUCUUAGACUUUGACGCGCUGCAUCCAGAUCUUGAUCUCAAUGCGGUCCAGAGGUACCGCAACACGUACAAACCCCGACAUGACUGUCAAAAGUGCAAGUAUGUACACGAGGGCUUCCCAAGGGUAUUUGGGGGCGUCGAUGCAUAUGACUUCAUGGAGCUGCGGAUAUGUGAUACUGGCUUUAACGGGCCGUUUAUCAUACGACAUGAUCCGCAGGAUUUCAUUGACGCUAGGAGACAGCUGGAGAGGGAAUGGCCCCAUAGGGAUUGCCAUGGCAAGGCUUGGUUUCGUUCGAAGCCGGUGGCGAAGCUACUUGUGCCGAUUCCCAAGAUGCCGUAA